UUUUAUAAUACGGCCAAAACACACAGACGUAAUCAUAUCGUGUUUCAUCACAGUGGCCACUUGUCCAACAGCCUGUGAAUGCAUCGUUGUCACAUGACGUCACCUGACAGCUCAGAGGAACAUGGCUGUGUGCAUAGCAGUGAUCGCAAAAGAGAACUACCCGCUGUAUAUCCGCAGUGUGGCCACUCAGAAUGAGCUGAAGUUCCACUACACAGUGCACACCUCUCUGGAUGUGGUGGAGGAGAAGAUCUCUGCUGUGGGCAAGUCUCUGGGAGACCAGAGAGAGCUGUACCUGGGUCUGCUCUAUCCCACUGAAGACUACAAAGUAUAUGGCUAUGUAACCAACUCCAAGGUGAAAUUCGUCAUUGUUGUGGACUCGUCAAAUACAUCAUUACGGGACAAUGAAAUUAGAAGUAUGUUCAGAAAAUUACACAACUCAUUCACCGAUGUAAUGUGCAACCCAUUCCACAAUCCCGGGGACACCAUUCAGUCUAAGGCCUUUGAUGGCAUCGUAUCUGGAAUGAUGGUGCAAACUGGCUGACAUCCCUUCCACCCCGUCUGAGCCUCCACUGUACAGAACAUCCCUAAUCCUAUUUUUUUUGUUUCAUGUUGCCUUGAUUAUUAAAAUGCAGAAGUAAUAAAAACGUAAUUGUUGUUUCACA